CCAAAUUAAAGAGGAAACAAUAGUCAAUGGCAGUAAACAUCGUCGCCGUUUUGCCUCGUGCGGGAGCAAUUGUAAGUUGACAGCUUUCUUGAUUACUUCGCGCGCGCAUGCGAUUGCGCAUCUUGCAGGGACUUGCAGUUGUGUUCCUCAUGGUGCCUGCCGCGACCGUCGGACUCAUUAACAGCAUUGACAGCAUUCGGUUUAUUCGGGAUUACGACGGUCCAACGACAGGUCCACUUGCAGCCCAGAAGGCGCUCAUUCUCGCCACCCAAGAUUCUACGGGCUGGUUCAUUGCAAAGAGUAUCGUCAUCGUUAUAUCGCGGAGGUCGCCGCCAUCG